CCCAGCUGCACAUAAUCUAGACAACUACCAUGGCAUGUACAGACGCACGUCAGCGCUUAGUCGCAUACUGCCAUUACCAUAAUCACCAUGGCCAUCCUCAUCAUCAUCAUCAUCAUCAUCAUCAUCAUCAUCAUCAUCAUCAUCAUCAUCACCGCCGUCAUCUUCCAAUACAUACGACGUCGUAUUAAUUGGGCGUGCCGGAUGAAGAUGAGAUGCAUUGUGUGCAACGUCGGAGUAGGUUCCGCGCCACGCCACGCCACGCCACGACCACAACAUGUUCCCUUCACCUUCCUCGUUUGGUCAGCUGCAGCAGGAGAGAAACACGCAGGAGCAGCAGCAGUAUCAUCACGACUUCCUCCUCACACCCCCAGUCACCGCAAACAACCACGUCACCAAAGGCGUGGCCACAGACACAUGCUCAACAAUUUCCACGGUACUGUGGCAACAUUGCCUCUCUUGCUCGUGUUCCUCUACCUCAACCACUUGUAUCAUCUUCGGUCAUGACAUAGUCUCGCAUACACUCGCCCACUUAUUGGAGAGGGCCCAAUGCCUCUGGCCGUCGUAUCCGAUACACCAACAAUAGGCCG